CCGCGGAGAGAAGGCAGCAGGGCGGUUGCCGGCGGUGGAGUGGGGAGCCGAAAAGCGGCGGCGGCGGCGGCAGCUGCAGAGGCGGGAGCUGGGGGUGAGGAGAGCCUCGCGGCUGGGAUGAACCCGACGCGGGUGGAGUCGGGCUGACAGGGCGGCGGACGCAGGGGAUGCGCGGCGGCCAGACCUUCCCCCCCCGCCUGCUUCAUCACUCCCAGAGCCCGAGUCCCGCCGCCCCGGACCCGGCCCGGGGUCGCUCGGUGGAGGCCUCGGCCGGCCCGGGCUGGGGGCUCCGGCCGAAGAGGCGGCGGCGGUGGCCCCUGCGACGACUCGGAGUUUUGAAGCUAUGAAUCUUUUUGGGACAGUUCUAAAUAUGCAUUAUCAGUGCUGAUGGGAUAAGAUCCAAUAUGAAUGUGAAUGAUGUUGGAGGAAGACGACGCUUUGAGGACAGUGAGCACACAUUACAUAUUUAUCCUGGGACAAUUUCAGAAGGCACUAUCUACUGUCCAGUCCCAGCCAGAAAAAACUCAACUGCUGCCGAGGUGAUAGAUGCCCUUAUUAACAGACUCCAGCUUGACAAAACAAAAUGCUAUGUUCUAGCCGAAGUGAAAGAAUUUGGUGGGGAAGAAUGGAUACUCAAUCCAACAGACUGUCCUGUUCAGCGAAUGAUGAUGUGGCCACGGAUGGCCUUAGAAAACAAAUUGAGUGGAGAGGAUUACCGAUUCCUUCUGAGAGAGAAAAAUCUUGAUGGCUCCAUCCAUUAUGGCAGUCUUCAGUCAUGGCUCCGUGUUACAGAAGAGCGUCGGAGGAUGAUGGAACGAGGUUUCCUUCCUCAGCCACAGCAGAAGGACUAUGAUGACUUAUGCAGCCUACCUGACUUAAAUGAGAAAACACUUUUGGAAAAUCUCCGAAACCGCUUUAAACAAGAAAAAAUUUAUACCUAUGUUGGUAGCAUUCUAAUCGUUAUUAAUCCAUUUAAAUUUCUUCCUAUUUACAAUCCUAAAUAUGUCAAAAUGUAUGAUAAUCAUCAACUGGGAAAGCUUGAACCCCACAUAUAUGCUGUGGCAGAUGUAGCCUACCAUGCUAUGCUUCAGCGCAGAAAGAACCAGUGCAUUGUUAUUUCAGGAGAAAGUGGUUCUGGGAAGACACAGAGCACAAACUUUCUCAUUCACCAUCUUACAGCUCUUAGUCAAAAGGGAUUCGCCAGCGGAGUAGAACAGAUAAUUCUUGGAGCUGGACCAGUACUGGAGGCUUUUGGAAAUGCAAAGACAGCACAUAAUAACAACUCAAGUCGCUUUGGCAAAUUUAUUCAAGUAAAUUACCAUGAGACUGGAACUGUUCGAGGAGCUUAUGUUGAAAAAUACCUGUUGGAGAAAUCUAGACUAGUCUAUCAAGAACACAAUGAACGGAACUACCAUGUGUUCUAUUACUUACUGGCAGGAGCAAGUGAAGAAGAGAGGGCAGCAUUCCACCUUAAGCAGCCUGAGGAGUAUCAUUAUCUCAACCAGAUGACAAAGAAACCCCUCAGACAGAGCUGGGAUGAUUAUUACUAUGACUCUGAGCCGGAUUGUUCCAUUGUUGAUGGAGAGGAUUUGAAGCAUGAUUUUGAACGAUUGCAGCUGGCAAUGGAAAUGGUGGGAUUUCUUCCCAAGACCCGUAGACAGAUAUUCUCUCUUCUCUCAGCGAUAUUACAUUUGGGUAAUAUAUGUUAUAAAAAGAAGACGUAUCGAGAUGACUCCAUAGAUAUCUGUAACCCUGAAGUGCUGCCUAUUGUCUCAGAAUUACUAGAAGUGAAAGAAGAGAUGUUGUUUGAAGCAUUGGUUACCAGGAAGACUGUAACUGUGGGCGAGAAGCUUAUUUUACCAUAUAAACUGGCAGAGGCUGUGACUGUGAGGAACUCCAUGGCAAAAUCUUUAUAUAGUGCCCUUUUUGACUGGAUAGUUUUUCGAAUUAAUCAUGCACUUUUGAACACCAAGGAUUUGGAAGAGAGUACCAAGACGUUGUCCAUUGGAGUACUCGAUAUAUUUGGAUUUGAAGAUUAUGAAAGCAACAGCUUUGAACAAUUCUGUAUUAACUUUGCUAAUGAACGUUUACAGCACUACUUUAAUCAACAUAUCUUUAAACUGGAGCAGGAGGAAUAUAGAACUGAAGGUAUCAGCUGGCACAAUAUAGACUAUAUUGAUAAUAGUGGCUGCAUAAAUCUCAUUAGCAAGAAACCAACAGGACUCCUCCACCUGCUCGAUGAAGAAAGCAAUUUUCCACAAGCUACAAACCAGACACUCUUGGACAAGUUUAAGCGCCAGCAUGAAGGAAACUCUUAUAUUGAAUUUCCAGCAGUGAUGGAGCCUGCCUUUAUCAUAAAGCAUUAUGCUGGAAAAGUGAAAUACGGCGUUAAGGAUUUCCGGGAGAAAAAUACAGACCACAUGCGUCCAGAUAUUGUUGCUCUUCUACGAAGUAGCAAGAAUGCCUUUAUUUGUGGAAUGAUAGGAAUUGACCCAGUGGCUGUUUUUCGCUGGGCAGUUCUUCGAGCUUUUUUCAGAGCCCUGGUUGCAUUCAGGGAGGCUGGGAAGAGAUAUGUUCAAAAGAAAAUUGGGAAUGAUGAUGCAGUGCCAUGUGCGGUUUUGAAAAGUGUGGAUAGUUUUAGCUUUCUCCAUCACCCAGUCCAUCAGAGGAGCUUAGAGAUUCUUCAGAGAUGCAAGGAGGAGAAGUACAGUAUAACUAGGAAAAGCCCCAGAACACCUCUUUCUGAUCUCCAAGGCGUGAACACUCUUAAUGAGAAAAGCCAACGUGAUACCUUUGGCAUUGACUGGAAUGGCAGGACUGGCAUCAGGCAGAACAGACUGUCAAGUUCUAGCUCCAUACUGGAUAAAGACGGAAUAUUUAUUAAUUCAACUAACAGCAAGCUUCUGGAAAGGGCCCAUGGCAUUCUCAUGAGAAACAAAAACUUUAAAUCUAAACCUGCUCUUCCAAAGCACUUGCUAGAGGUAAAGUCUUUAAAGCACCUGACCAACCUGACCCUGCAGGAUCGCAUCACUAAGUCCCUCCUUCAUCUGCACAAGAAAAAGAAGCCCCCUAGCAUAAGCGCCCAGUUUCAGGUAUCUCUAAACAAAUUGAUGGAGACACUUGGUCAAGCAGAACCAUAUUUUGUCAAGUGCAUUCGAUCUAAUGCUGAAAAGCUUCCUUUAAGAUUCAGUGACCCAUUGGUACUUAGACAACUGCGUUACACAGGGAUGUUGGAAACAGUCCGAAUUCGGCAAUCAGGAUACAGCUGCAAAUAUUCUUUCCAGGAUUUUGUGGAACAUUUCCAUGUCCUUCUUCAGCGUGAUACUAUUCCUUCAAAAUAUAACAUCCAAGAUUUCUUCAGGAAAAUAAAGCUUAGUCCUGAUAAUUAUCAAGUCGGAAAAACCAUGGUGUUCCUUAAAGAACAAGCGCGCCAGCACCUGCAAGACUUGCUGCAUCAAGAAGUGCUCCAGCGCAUUGUACUGUUGCAGCGAUGGUUUCGGGCCGUGCUUUCCAGACAGCAUUUCCUCCAUCUGAGGCAGGCAGUCAUCGUCCUGCAGCAAUCCUGGAGAAAUUACUUGAGUAGGAAGCAUGGUGAAGGCAGAGAUGUCCAGGCUGAUGCUUUGGUUGUGAAUAAUGCGGCAACUGUUCUCCAGGCUGCUUGGCGGGCUUACUGGGGGAGGCGGCAGUACCUGCAGAUGCGGGCCGCAGCCUCCAUCAUUCAAGAGACUUGGCGGGAGUACUGCAGACGAAGGAAUGCUGCUGCCACCUGCAUACAGGCAGGAUGGAGAGGCUACUGGAAAAGCAAACUUUACAAGGAGCAAAGAAACAAAAUUAUCCUGUUACAAGCAGCAUGCCGAGGAUUCAGAGCCAGGCAAAGAUUUAGAACUUUGAAAGAACAGCGAUUAAAAGAAACGAAAUUGAAAAAUGGAUUAGCACUUAAAGAGAAUACCCUAGAGAUUCGGGGUUCAGACCCUUCCAAAUGGGAGGAUGGAUCAUUUGAAGAAAGAAUGAAAGCUGUAGAAGAAUACAAAUAUGUAAUAGAAAAUAAUCGGAUCAGCCAUGCCAAUUCAGUGGACAUCUCUGGGGACUCACCAGGCAAACGACAGGAGAGAGCCAUUAGCCAAAGUAGCAUAGACUUGGAACAAGAUGAAAUUGUAAGACAAAGACGCAAAUCAUUAGAGGAUCUGAGUCAAAAAAAAGUAGGACGAGCAAAGAGAGAGAGCCGGAGAAUGCGUGAGUUGGAACAAGCAAUAUUUAGUUUAGAAUUGCUUAAGGUCCGUGGUGGGAUUUCUCCUUCAGAAGAGCGUAGAUGGUCCACAGAACUAAUUUCUGAAGGCCUACAGUCAUCACAAGGAACCCCUGAGAGUGAAAGUUCUCAGGGAAGCUUAGAACUCUUGAGUUUUGAGGAAAAUCCAAAAAGCAAACCUGAGUCAGUAUUUUCAAAUGAGGGAGACUUACAGAUUCCCUCACCUAAGAUACAGAAAACUUUACCCCAUGAUUCAAAUUUUGAUUUACAGGAAAAUGCCCCUGUCGUAUCAGAUGAGAAUAGUAAUAUAUUUAUUAGAAAGAAGACACCCUCCACUUCAGAGAUCUCAGAGAGUAUUGUCAUGAAAGACAGGACAGACUGUAGUUCUCAGACCAUUACUUAUAAACCACAAUUCAGAGAGCCUUUCAUCCUAAAUAAUCUUCCAACUUUCUAUAUUCCGCCACAAGAUCCUACAAAAGUAAGUCCUGAUCUUGGGGCAAGCACUUUAAAAAACAUUGCAUCAGGAAGUGAAGAAAAACCAGGGACCGCUUUUGCCUUGGACACAAAUAGAGAAAGCAGAAAAUACCACUUUGAUGAGGAAGGUAGAACAGUGGCUACUGCUUCCAUGAAAAAUACUGACUUUUCUAAUACUGUGCUUAAGAAGUUAGAAAGGCUAAACAUGGAAAAGGAAGAAAGGCAAAAGCAGUUGCAACAACAAAAUGAAAAAGAAAUGAUGGAACAGAUUCGUCAACAGAAGGACAUUCUGGAAAGGGAGCGAAAAGCCUUCAAAAAUUUUGAGACACCAUGGAAAACAGGAGAGCCUUUGCUAACAAAGCCUGUCCAGCCAUCAAAGCAAACAGUUGAAAGACCACAGUCUCUCCUCAUAAACCCUACAAACAAGGAAGAGCAGAAUGUGUCAGUAGCUUCAUCAGUAACAAUUAAAGGCCUCACUGUUAGCCCAAAAGGAAGCAUCCCUGAUCAAACAGUUCAGAAAGACCGACCUGUCACUAUGUUCUUAGAAAGUAAAGAAAGCCAGAGUCAGUCUGGUAUUUCACAGGUCAGGAAUGUAGCUUCCCAGGAGGGAAGGACCAAAGCUAUUUUCUUCACACCAAAAGACCAUUUGGGUGUCUCAAAUUUCCAUAAGGAAUAUUUAAGCCAUGGAGAUCAUCAACCCCACAUAAGAAGUGAACCACUUAGGAAGCCUCCGAAAUUGACUGGGCCAGGCAGAGGAGAGACUUUGCAGCGUUUUGCUUCAGCAGAAGGCCAAACAAAACUCCAUAAAACUAUGUCUCAAGGAGAGAUUACAGAGUUAACAUCUGUACAGAAGACUUCUAUUGCUGAUGGAAGACCUCAAAGAGCAAAGAUGAAAUUCUGGGCAAAAGGGAAACAUGGGGAUAAGAAGGCUUCUAGAGAAAAGCUUGCCACCCAGUCAGAGUUGCUAGAGUUUUCUGCUGAUCCAGAGCCAGGUAGCAUUGAUGUAUUUUCUGCCCACCAUCAUCCUGAAGAAAUAGGGUCCCAUAACCCAACUCCCCCUAGAAGCCCAGACCUAUCUGGAAACUGUAAGAAGGAAUUCAAAGAGAACAAAGACCCUUCUCCAAAGGCAAAGCGCAAACGCAGUGUGAAGAUAACUAAUCUUGCAUUGGAGUCUGUCCAGUGGCAAAAUGACUCUGUCCCAAUCAUAACAAGGGCCAGCGACUUGAAGAGCAUGGAUGAGUUUCUUCUAAAAAAGAUGAAUGACUUGGAUAAUGAGGACAGCAAAAAGGAUACAUUAGUGGAUGUUAUGUUUAAAAAAGCACUGAAGGAAUUUCGGCAAAACAUCUUCAGCUCUUAUUCAUCUGCACUGGCAAUGGAUGAAGGGAAAAGCAUUAGGUACAAAGACCUGUAUGCCCUGUUUGAGCAGAUUCUAGAGAAGACCAUGAGGCUCGAGCAGCGAGAUUGGAGUGAGUCCCCUGUCAAAGUUUGGGUUAACACUUUUAAAGUCUUCCUGGAUGAAUAUGUGACUGAAUUCAAGCUUUUGGAUUGCAUUGCAACCAAGGUGCCAAAAACAGAAAGAAAGAAAAGAAGGAAAAAAGAAACUGAUUUUGUGGAAGAACAUAAUGGGCACAUCUUUAAAGCUACCCAGUAUAGUAUCCCUACCUACUGUGAAUACUGCUCUUCUCUCAUAUGGAUAAUGGACAGAGCUUCAGUUUGCAAAUUGUGCAAGUAUGCCUGCCACAAGAAGUGCUGUUUGAAAACUACAGCCAAAUGUUCUAAAAAGUACGAUCCAGAACUUUCUUCUCGACAAUUUGGGGUUGAACUUUCCCGAUUAACCAAUGAAGAACGAACUGUUCCACUCGUUGUAGAGAAGUUAAUAAACUACAUAGAAAUGCAUGGACUGUACACAGAGGGUAUUUACCGAAAAUCUGGUUCAACUAAUAAAAUCAAGGAACUUCGUCAAGGUCUAGACACCGAUAUUGACACUGUAAAUCUUGAUGACUACAACAUCCAUGUCAUUGCCAGUGUGUUCAAACAGUGGCUUCGAGAAUUGCCUAAUCCUCUGAUGACUUUUGAACUCUAUGAGGAAUUUCUGAGAGCUAUGGGUCUGCAAGAGAGAAAAGAGACCAUCCAUGGUGUAUAUUCUGUGAUUGAUCAGCUUUCCCGAACACAUCUCAACACUCUAGAACGCCUUAUCUUCCAUCUGGUCAGGAUUGCACUGCAAGAAGACACCAACCGCAUGUCUGCAAAUGCCUUAGCAAUUGUAUUUGCUCCCUGUAUUCUUCGUUGCCCAGACACAACUGACCCACUGCAGAGUGUGCAGGAUAUCAGCAAAACAACCACCUGUGUGGAGCUGAUUGUUGUGGAACAGAUGAAUAAAUAUAAGGCCCGUCUCAAAGACAUCAACAGCUUGGAGUUCGCUGAGAACAAGGCCAAGACCAGGCUGUCCCUAAUCCGAAGAUCAAUGGGUAAAGGGCGUAUUCGAAAGGGAAACUACCCAAGUCCAUCAUCUCCUGUUGCAGUCCGACUGCCCUCCAUGUCUGAAGUUCCAGAAGAAACUGUGACUAAUGAGGAGGCAGUAGAGAUAGAUGUCACAGAGCAGCAGCAGGCAGCUAUGCAACACGAAGAGCGGGUCCUGACUGAGCAGAUUGAGAACCUACAGAAAGAAAAGGAAGAACUAACAUUUGAGAUGCUUGCCUUGGAGCCCCGGGCCUCAGAUGACGAAACACUUGAGUCUGAAGCCUCUAUUGGGACUGCUGAUAGCUCUGAGAAUUUGAACUUUGACUCUGAAGGAGCCUUCUCUGAUAAAUCAGAGAGGAGUUUAGCACUUAGUUCCCUGAAAUCUUCCAAGACUGAAUCAUCAACUAAGCUGCGAAGACAGCUGAAAAAACAACAGGAAUCUCUGGAUUCAGUGGAUUCUGCUAUCUCUUCACUCUCUUCAUACAACACAGCCUUUUCUCAUGGGACCAGGAAGCGGUUUCAGAUUCAUUCCAAAUCCCCCUUCUACCGAGCUGCUUCAGUUGGCGAGACCCCUGAGGCCCGGCUAGUGGUAGAAGGUUCCCUGUGCCAGGCCAGAACCCUGGAGGACAGGCCUCAGUUCAUUAGCCGAGGCACAUUCAGCUCUGCAAAGGGCAAACAGAAACUCAAGAAUGUGAAAAACUCACCCCAGAAAACCAAAGACCUCCCUGAGGGGACAUUAGGGGCAAAUCACAAGAGAAAUGUGGACCCUGACUGUGGCACUACCCAGCAACAGAUUGUUUAUGGGAACAACGAGUACAUGGUCUAAUCUGGCAGAGGGGUGGCAGCAUCUCAUCUUUGGGGUUUUCCCCUGUCACAAAGCUCACCCAUAACUGUCCAUCACAGGCAUCCUCAUCAGCAACUAUCCUGCCUCAUGCCUGAGCAACAGCAGCUGCUGCUGGCGUGGAUACCCAGCCUCCCAAUGGGAGCAUGGAAAGGAGGAGCCAGACAGGCUUAGCAAAAGCCUGUUGGGAAGAGUUUUAGAUGUGGCCUUAGCUGUUCUUAAUUUGGGGAGAACUCGGGGCCUACCACGAUUUAUUCUUUGAACUGAGGUCCAGAUAAUGCAGAAAGCUUGGCCAGUUACCUCUGCGGUGCUUUGCCCUUGCCUCUUCUCCACCCCCUGAUAAUCCAGCACUGUCCGAGCUGGCAUGGGAGUCAGAGAUUGCAAAGGAAGGCAGUGCGGUGUUGUGGGCCUGUUGGGCAAACAGGUUGUGGCCACUCUUCAAGGCAAAAGCUGUAUCUUUGGAUAUUUGGGAUGUAUUUAGAAGCUGCAGCUGAUUUAAACUUUCCCAAGGACCUAUAACAAACAAAUGGAGUCAGUCCUUCACUCCGAAUUAUUUAUAAUGCACUCCACAUUAUCAUCAAGUGAAAAUGAAAAAGCUCUCAUCUCCAUUAAACAAUCAGAGCAUGUCUCACACACUAUAGGGUUAUGCGAUAAAAGAAGAAUUUUAUUUUAUUUUAUUUUAUUUUGUUAAGAUGUCAGAAUAACCAAUCCCAGUUUGACUCCUGGUUGGUUUGCGCCAAAUACACAAGUGUGCCGAGUUUUCAAUAGCCAUACAACUCCCAUGUUCCCUGGGUGCGCAAAACCAGGUUCCUCUAAAAUUGUUUUUAAUAUUAGAUCUGUGAUUCUCAGACCUUAAAGCUGCAUCAUAAUCCCUCUGUGUUGCUCCCUAUCUAGUGAUCAUCAAACAAGAUAACACACACACUCUGCUGGAAAAUCAUCAGGAAAGUUUCACCCCCACCACAAACAGCGUGACUGUUUUAAUUCAUCUUCCAAAAUGUUCAUAUGCAAUAGUGCAUGAAUAAAUGUUACACAGAGCUGCCAAAAGGAAAAUACUAUUUUUAAAAUGUGACCCAACUAACUUUUCUUUUUUUCCUCAGACCAUCAGUAUUAAAUGAGAAAAAAAAACAAAAACAAGGACUACUUGAAGCUAUUUUUAUUAAUAUUCUGGUUGCUGAUGUUUACUGUAAAUAUAUAUAUAUAUACAUACAGAGAGAGGUGUGUGUGUGUGUGUGUGUGUGUGUGUGUGUGUGUGUGUGUGUGUGUCUUUUUAACCUCUUUCCCAUGGAACCUUUUCUCACAGAAGAGCAGAGGAGAAAGCAUGGGUCAUCAGAAUUGAAGACAAGAUUCUCUCGUACCUGUGUUUGAGGAAAGUAAUGCCAUGAUUUUUCCCCACAGGGUGUCUCCAUACACCUCGUUCUGAGCUCUUAUGCUAUGCUUCUUAGCAUUUGUGAGAUUCUAAAAUUUGUCUUUGCUAUUGAUGUGUGAGAAAUGAAGGUGUGCUCACCUAACUGAACUGUGACGACCUUUCUUGAGACAUGUGAAAAUGUUAUUUUUGAAGUUCCUAAUGCAGUUUGUCCAAAUACCAUAUGCACUGUUCUGAGAAAGAGAAUUUGCCAUCCAUAACCUGACUUCGAGGUUGGUUCAUUCCUCAUAUUGCCUUGUGGCGUGCCAUUAGUCAGCACCAUUAUGAUACUUAAAUGGACUGAAUAGUAAGGCCUAUUGUGAGACAAAGUCUUGUGUCACACAGCAUUCUGCGUAACUACCACUUAAGACUAACACACCAUUCGUUGAUUACGCAUAAGCUGUGCAACAAAGAUGACACAUUUUUGGACCAACAAGCACAGGCAUCAUUCCAUGCAAUAGCUACAAGUAACAGACUUUCUGGCUAGGUAUUCUCCGGUGCUCUCCAGAGUAUAAUAACCAUAUGACAGAAUAUUAGACUUGACCAUCUUAGAAAAACAGUUUUUAAAGUCUGAAUUUUUCAGAAUCUCCUAGAGCUGGGCUUGGGGGUAGGUGGGGGAAAAUGGGGCACAGCAAACUCUGUUCUCCUGCAGUGGCUGGGGUGGGCUCUCUAAGCACUGUUCUAGAAGUCCUUAUGUUUUAAAGCUCCCUACAGAGUACCUUUUCUCAUCAGAUUCUAUGGGAGCCUUUACAUGUGAGUAAAAUAACGGACCCACUUUCCUCCUGGGCCAGCCUCACAGGACUGACCCUUCCUUCCCCACUCGUAAGCCCUGUACUGAGUUGGAUGCUGGAGAGAGAGUUACUAGCUAUAUUACUCCUUCUAAACCUUGACCUGGGACUGACAUUGCAACAUGUCUGAAUCUGAAGCUAUGUUUCUUUAGAAGAUGAAUAUUUUACACAAAAAUAUCACAUUGGUAGGUCACUUUAUAAAAGGAGGUUAAUGGCAAAUAAGAGAACUUAGAAUUUUUUCUCAGGGACCUCAAUCUUCAUUUUGGAUCAAAUCAAAUAAAACCUAUUUGUUGUACAGUUGACAGAUUCGUGGCUUUCUAGUCAUUUUAUAACCAACUAGAAUUAUGAGUAGAGGAUUAUGUUUGAGAGAGUGGAAAGUACAGCUUUAUUGUAGAGGAACAUAGAUUCGAUUCCCUAGGAAGAACUCUGUAUUGGCCAUCAAAGAAGUGUGCUGUUAGUGAUGCCAUAACUGCUUAGAAAGACUUCUCUUUUUGAUUUUUCAGUAAUAAGUAGGGCCUGCUUUUAAAUCUGUGUACACUCUAGUUUCUACUUUUUAAUUGAGAAAUCAUUAAUUAGGCAAAAUUAAAUUGAAAUUUUAUUUUUAAAUCAUUUUAUCAUCCGAAAAUAUCUACAUCAGUCAUACAUGGUCCUUUUUUUUUCUUUAAUGAUUCAUUCUUACAACACUGCUUAUAAAUCCUGAAAGGAUCUCUUUGAUGUAGUGGCAUGGCAGAUUAUCUUUUGGGUGAAAAUAUAUACCCCAUGAUCUUGACAUAACCACCCCUUUUCCCCAACGAGGAGCCUAGGUUUUAAACUUUGUUCUAGCAUUGUGGUUGCUAUAUGAGACCAAUCAACAUCAGCUCCUCCACCAACAUGCACUGGCUUAGGAAGCUUGGGAAAAAAUUAGUGGAGCCAUAUGAUAAAUUUCCAGAAUUGAUUGACAGACUGAAAUAAACCAACCAUUUGGUAUACCUCUUCCUCCCAUUUUAAUCACUGUCCUAAUGGGCUUCUAAAGAAGUAAAAGAGGCCAGUUGGCAUUUCUAUAACAAUUGUUUUGUUUUAACUCUUGCUACCUGACAGAGCUACCCAGCUCCCUCUUAUACCGAAAAGAAACAAUUCUGAGAACUUUGCUGACAGCAUGGAGGGCUGCUCUUCUGUGUCCUCUCCCCGCCCCCACUCCCAGCUUAGAAGUAAAGCUUGUUCUCACUGGUAAUGGAGGUAGGAUGUGAAUACUGUGAAAGCAGAUGAAAAAGAGUCCAUUCCAAUUCUGCCAUCCUGUUUGGCACAGACCGUGCGUGUGUGUGUGUGUGUGUGUGUGUGUGUGUGUGUGUGUGUGUGUGUGUGUGUGAGAGAGAGAGAGAGAGUGAAGUUUUGGGGGUUUUUUCGCCCCUUUUCCCAGCAGCCUGGGAAAAUAGAAGUAAAAUAUACAGUAUUCUCAGAAUGUUUUCAUAGCCAGUGCAAUUUUAGGUUCAGCUUAAGACUCAAGUGGGAUAUUGCUUUUCACUGGCUAUUCAGCAAGGUCUUUCUUUACACACCUCCCCUCGUUUUAAAAUGUUUUCCAUCUGCUAUUUCCAUUUUUCAGAAUUCCUGCUUCCUUUGCGUUUCCUCUCUACCCAACCCCCCAGCCAAAGAGAGCACCCUGGUCAAGCAGUUCUUUAGGUGAUGUAAAUUCGGGUUGGGGUAAUCCUCUGGUUUCUUCUGCUUCUAACGUUCACAUGACUUCUUUUGACUGGAACGAUCCCCCUCCCGUCACUAAUCCCCACUUUGAAUUGGUCUUUAAAGAGAACAGGGAAAUGGUCUUAAUAAGAACAGAUUUGCCUGGGUCAAUUGAGUCUAUUUGUUGUGACUUUUGAACAAAGAUUCCAGAAGUCUGUUAAGUUCCCUAUCUGUUUAACUGUCAUGCCUGUUUUCCUGCCCUCUCUUAGGUCAGAAAUAGGCUUUCAUAUAAGAUACACUCUUUGUACCAAGUGAUUGUAGUUACCAUGGGAAAGGGCAUGGACUGUGGAUUAUUAUAUUAUUUUUAAUGGAUUUUUUUAAGUAAUUUAUAAUAAGUAUGCUAAGUGUAAAUUAAAACAACAAAGUAUAUAUUGUAAAGGGAUAUAUUAUCCUGUGACAUACUCUAUAAAUUUUACCUGUUUAAAAAUAAAGAAAAUAUAUAUAUAUAUACAUAUAUAUAUGCAGAAUGAUUUACCUUGUCCACAGAGCUGGAUUAUGUUCAUGAUGCAGUCAACAGGCACUUUCUAAUUCCAUGUUAGUAGAUUUUUCCUUUUUUUCCCCCCUUUGGGGAACAAGGCCUCAUGUGUAAAGUGCAAUUUCUGUCAUUUCUUAAAUAUACCCUGUAUGGCUGUACAAAACCAGCUUAAUGAACAAAUAACUCCUGGCUUAUUAAAGAACAAAGCUUAAC